AUGGACGACACAAUUCAAGUGUACGAGGAAAACCUAAAAGAAUUAUACAAGAUGAAAGAUGAAAUAAAAAGCAUGCUUUUUCUUGACGAUGAUCUGGAAUGUCUGGGCCAUUAUCCGACUGUGUGCUGUAUCAUUACAUCACUAAAUGGGGGAAUAAUGGAGGAAUUACAAGAUAAUCCUCAUGCCAUAGAAAUGGAAAUGAUAAUCACCAUCGGGAGAUCGUUAGAUCCAGAUGAAAGAAAAGAUCUUAUUUCAAAACUCGAAAAGAUCAAGGCUGUUGCUAUUGAGGUAGAUGAAAACAGGGAUAUUCUUAGAGUUAGACUUAAGUAUCUUCACAAUUUAUUAGGUGAUGAUCUUUUCUUCAAAUUUAUCACGGAAGUAAGAAGUAUUUUUCUUUUAACAAGAGCAAUUCCAUCAGAAGUAAUGAAGUACGGCACUAAGACAUAUGGGUCGCCAUUAUUAUCCCAGCACCCAUUAGUUGCUAAGGCGUCUCCUAAAAACCAAGAGAAGCUUCUCAGAAAGCUUUGCUGCAAAGUUACAAUUGCUGCCAAGCUAGACUUCUGUGGAAGCAACUUUGAGACGGACUUUUCUAAGCAAAUGGAGGAGGUUUUUAAUAAUCUUGAAAGCAAUUCAAAGCAAGAAGGAUCUGUUCUGAGGGUCCCACUUGCAAGAAAGGAAACAAGACGUGGUGGUAUAAAGGCAAGACGUAAAAGGAGCAAAUCCUCACCACAGAAGAGAAGGAAGUUUUCGAAGCUCGAGCCCGAUGGGAAUGAUGAAUCAUGA